UUUCACCGGAGCAAUUAGCAGAGCGUUUUAAAGAACAAAUGCGAUUGGAAUCUCGGGAUCCAUUUGUGGAUGGGGUUGAGCUUGAGUUCCCUGAAUGGGUUCUUUGUUUUCCAUCACUUUUUUAGGUUCAGCCAGUACACUUUGAGAGCAAGUGCUCUUCCCUCGGUGCGGUGACAGUCCUUAAAGUGUGUUUGAAACCCCAGAGAGGAUUUCUGGGUUGCUGCUCACCACCCCUCUGCCAGUGCUGUUAUUUCCGGCUCUCUUUAAGGGAUCAGGUGACCCAGGCCACUCUUGGGGCUGCUCUUCCCCGAGGGUGCUGCCACAGGAUAAAGGAUUCCCAUUGAUCCUGAGCUCCUUUCCGCAGGGGCGAUGCCGGAGCUGGGGACGAGCCCGUGCUGAGCCCGCGGCGCUGGCCCGGUGCUGCCCACCCCCGCCGGCCUCGGGAGAGCACGGAGCGGCCGAGGAUGCCUGCGGAGGGACCCGGGACUCCUCUCUGGACAUAACGGGUGGCCGAGGGAGAGACAUGUGGGGACAGCGCCCUCCCAGCCGGCACAGAUCUCCCUGCUCCGACACGAGCGGCGCUGACCAUGGCCACAGCUUGGAGGCUCCUCACCUGGACCGUCACCCUCGGCCUGGCCGGGGGCACCUUCCCCGGCUUCCCCUUCCAGUCACAAGAGGAAUUCCUCUCCAGCUUGGAUCACUAUGAGAUCGCCUUCCCCAUCCAAGUGGACCAGAACGGCGAUUUCCUCACCUUCGACAUGCGCCGGCAGCUGAAGCCGCGGCCGCGGCGCUCGCUGCCCUACGAGCCCUCGGAGCAGCAGGUCUUCUACAAAGUCUCUGCCCACCACACCCAGUUCCUGCUCAACCUCACCCUGCACUCCAACCUGCUGGCCGAGCACUUCACCGUGGAGUACUGGAAGCGGGAUGGCAUGGACUGGCAGCACGACUUCCACGAGGACUGCCACUACGCCGGCCACCUGCAGGACCAGUACCUCAGCUCCAAGGUGGCCAUCAGCAACUGCAACGGGCUGCACGGGGUGAUCGUGGCAGAUGAGGAGGAAUAUUUCAUCGAGCCCCUGAGCCCUGGAGCCAACGUCAGCAUGGGGGGAGAGGGCAAGGGCAGCCCCCACGUGGUGUACAAGCGCUCGUCCCUGCAGUACCCUCACAUGGAUGCAGCCUGUGGAGUGCUGGAUGAGAAGCCCUGGAAGGGGAGGCACUGGUGGCUCAGGACACUGAAACCCUCCCCCCUGAAGCCAUCGGGCAACCACAGCCAGCGGGGCCAGCUGCCCCUGAAGAGGUCGGUGAGCACCGAGCGCUACGUGGAGACCCUGGUGGUGGCUGACAAGAUGAUGGUGGGCUACCACGGCCGCAGGGACAUCGAGCAGUACAUCCUGGCCAUCAUGAAUAUUGUUGCCAAACUUUUCCAGGACUCGAGUCUGGGCAAUAUUGUCAAUAUCCUGGUCACCCGGCUGAUCCUGCUCACCGAGGAUCAGCCCACGCUGGAGAUCAACCACCACGCCGGGAAAUCCCUGGACAGCUUCUGCAAGUGGCAGAAAUCCAUCGUGAACAGGAACGGCAACGGGAACGCCAUCCCCGAGAACGGCAUCGCCAACCACGACACCGCCGUGCUGAUCACCCGGUACGACAUUUGCAUCUACAAGAACAAGCCCUGUGGCACCCUGGGCCUGGCCCCCGUGGGGGGGAUGUGUGAGCGGGAGAGGAGCUGCAGCAUCAACGAGGACAUCGGGCUGGCCACGGCCUUCACCAUCGCCCACGAGAUCGGCCACACGUUUGGCAUGAACCACGACGGGGUCGGCAACAGCUGCGGCUCGCGGGGGCAGGAGACGGCCAAGCUGAUGGCUGCCCACAUCACCAUGAAGACCAACCCCUUCGUGUGGUCCACCUGCAGCAGGGAUUACAUCACCAGCUUCCUGGACUCGGGGAUGGGAUUGUGCCUGAACAACGCUCCUCCCAAGCAGGAUUUCAUCUACCCCACGGUGGCCCCGGGCCAGGCCUACGAUGCCGACGAGCAGUGCCGCUUCCAGUACGGAGUCAAAUCCCGCCAGUGUAAAUACGGGGAAGUCUGCAGCGAGCUGUGGUGCCUGAGCAAAAGCAACCGCUGCAUCACCAACAGCAUCCCCGCAGCUGAGGGCACCAUCUGCCAAACCAACACCAUCGACAAGGGGUGGUGCUACAAGAGGGAGUGUGUGCCCUUCGGGACGCGGCCAGAGGGUGUGGACGGAGCCUGGGGGUCGUGGUCAUCGUGGGGCGAGUGCAGCCGGACAUGCGGCGGUGGCGUGUCCUCGUCCGUGCGCCACUGCGACAGCCCCAGGCCCACGAUCGGAGGGAAGUACUGCCUGGGAGAGAGGAAACGCUACCGCUCCUGCAACACCGACGACUGCCCGCCGGGCUCGCAGGACUUCCGAGAGCUGCAGUGCGCCGAGUUCGACAACGUGCCCUUCCGAGGGAAGUACUACACCUGGAAAACCUACCGGGGAGGGGGUGUCAAGGCCUGUUCCCUCAACUGCCUGGCCGAGGGCUUCAACUUCUACACGGAGAGAGCGGCGGCCGUGGUGGACGGGACGCCCUGCAGGCAGGACUCCAACGACAUCUGUGUCAACGGGGAGUGCAAGGUGGGACAGGGACACAGGUCAGUGUGA